AAUCAAUGGACUGGCCUAGAUUCCUUCGCUUCGUGCUAGGAAAGCCUCGUGUGUCGACCCUCGACCUCCUCGGCAUUCCUGUUUGCGAGGUUGAGCAGGCUGGAAGUGGGGAACUCCGAAGCGUGGAUCCACCACCUCUUCCAACACUACUACCGGGCCGGGCCACUACUACAAGAUCUACUACUUGCACUCGCGUAUCAUUUCUGUUCAGUUCAGACUGCUUGCAUCGUUUAGUCAUUUGGUGGAUGCACUGCAGGACUGCAGGCCUUGUGAUAACAUAAUAACACAGUACUAUUGUUCACGUUUGCAUUCAAACUUGUUUUAAAGCAUUGACGGUUGUUGCACAUAUUUUCUAAAUUCGGAGUGGAGUGGAGCAGAUUUCUGUUGAGGCAAAACUUGCAUUCAGGCAGAAAUUUUCGACUUGUCGUGCGGAGAUGCUCGGAGCAUUGACCGCACCUCACCCCGCUGUGGCCGAGUCAGACUGCAGAAUGACAGAAGGCAUUGAGGCCUGUCUGCAGGAGCUCCACUCACCCUGUCAUUCUGUGACGGCUCACAAGGAGGAGCCUCUGCAUUGUCUUCUGACCAAGUCACCCCUCCACAUUGAAAAGUCUCCAUGUGGGUUCCCUUCUCUCCUGCAAACGUGGUCGGGGUCGCCCAAAUCUACUGCAAUGAACUGGCCACAAGCAGACAAAAGGAAACAUGCUCGCUCUGCUCCAUAUAGUACUUCCCGACCUAGACGAAAUAGCCUAAAACAGAAUUUGUUCUUGGAAGGUUUCCAAGACUGUGCGUCAGAAGUUGUACGUUUUCUCAAAGAGGAAGAGCAGAUAGAUGAUUCAAAUCCUCUUCUCCACGAGUUGGAGUCUCAUCUUCAGCGCGUAAGCCAGGUUAUCUGCCAGGAAAAGAUUGAGGACGUGGACAGCGAGUCAGACUCUCUGAACAGCUCUGCCUGCUCAGGCUACUCAUCUAGUCCUGGGCGUGCCAGUCCGGCUUGUUUGCACCACGCGUCAACGUCUCAGCUCAACUCCCCAACUUUUUCUACCUUCACAAGGAUAUCUGAGCUGGAUGCGUCUCUGAGUGAGUGUGAAGUUACAUCGUCAUCACAAAUGACAGCUCAAGAGAUGAAUCAGAGCCACUCUCCAAUUGCUGAACCUGGGUUGUCUCAAAAUUUAUCUGUGUCUGACUUAGUGGACAACUUUGGCGCUCAUUUAGCUUCAUGCACUGACAACCCAGACAAUAAUAUAUCACCCUCAUUGUGUGGAAGUAGUGCAGUGCAGGGUUCAUGUGUUCUAUCUUUACAACAACUGGCCCUGUCAGUGGUCUCUCAGCAAAAACAUUCUGAAACACCUCUAGGUAAGGGGAAACCGGACACUGUUUCAGAAUCACUUUUUUCUCUUGUGCAAUAUGGGUGUUCUAUACACCCUUCAACGACUGUGUCACUUCCCCGCCAUCCCCAGACUCUCUGUGGUCUGAAUUUGUCCCAAUUGUCCGAUCAAAGACUCUCAACUGACUCAACUCUUCCUUCCGGGAGUACACAAAUGCCCCAAAUGAGCUGGGCACUGAAGAGUUCAAGUACUACCUCACCUUCCACCCCCACCUUUAUGAACAACACAAUAGAUACACCAAGUACGUCUUUGCAGCACAUCAGCUCGAUCUUAGAACUGAAACCCAACUUUUUGCCUGGUAUAGGAACCUCAUCUCUGGCAUCAGGUAAUUUUGCAGAUAUUCUGUUAAGUAUAGAGUCAUGUCAGCAUCACCAUGACCCCAAAGUUCGUGCUCUGGCUGAUGAACUUGUCCACCUCAUACAUAGUACUGGUUCAGAUGAUGAGGAGGAGGAUGAUGAUGAUGUUUCAGAUGAGGAUGAUGAUUUACAGGACGAGGACCAGCAAGAUGUGGACUCAGACUCUGGUGUAGAAAAUGUUGAGGACAAUAGGUCUGAUGUGACAGUUCAGAGUAUCGAUUGGGGAAGCCCAGUGGACAUGAUAGAACAGUGAUUCAAGUUCAGGCUAGUCAUUCAUGAAAGAGACUUUGCGAGCAUUAGAAUAUUAGUAGAUGUUAUAAAUUGAAUCUGUAAGACAGUUCGACUUUGCAAUGUUCCUUACUUUUUGUCUAUGGUGGAAAAAUCGUUAUCAUUAGAUUAGAUGAAUCUCUGAUGUCCUUGAUUAAGUCUUUAGACUAGAGUUAAAACUUUAUUUUAUCUGGAUUAUAUUUUCCUGCACGAUAGUUUAUUAUUUCAUCAUCAUCAUCAUCUGGUGCAUUGUCGACUGGUGUGGGCGAUCAUGACCUCCACUUCUCUCUGUUCUGCAGCUAUCUAUUGAUUGUCCAUGAGUAUGUUACUAAGCCCUUCUUUAAUAGUAACAUGUUAUUGGGGUAAAGUCUGUUACUCAGAAGAGACUGUUUUGAUUUUGACAGUCAAUAACUUUUCAUGCUUUUGUGACUUUUGACUGGACAUAAUUCUUGACGCUGACCAAUGCACAUAAAGGCAUGCACAUAGUCUUUCCUGAGCCAUGUGUUCAAAUGCAAACAUACGUACAUCAGUGACAGAGUAGUGGCAAUGGAAAUGUAGCUUUCACCAAUCCUUUAAAUUAUAAGAGAAGAUAAUAGAAUGACUCUUGCAGCUAGAGAAGUAAUAUGGCCUCUUGUGCUCUGACACACUUUGAGAUGAUUCUCUCUGUUCUCUAGGCAUACUGGGUUUCUCAUGUCAUUGCUGUCACAAGAAUCUAAGUAAAUUCCUGUAUUUGCCUUGCAUUGCAGAGUGAGUCAACAACUCAUUUUUCAUUUACGACAACGAGAAUAGUGAUUUUAUACACAGCAAAUAACUGCCCUGUAAAAUAUGUACAUUAUUUAUUUAUUUGUAGUAAAAUUUUAUAUUAAUCUGAUAGCCAUAGUAAUUUUGUUGUGGUGUGUCAUACUUUGGCAGAGAAUAGAUUUGAAAUCAUUGUUUUUCUAUCGUUUAUUUACAACUUCAAUGAUGUUGGUUUUGAUGACAUAAAAUUUACCCAUUUAAAGAAG